AUGGCUUUAAUCACCAGUGAAUCAGUAUCCUCUUCCUCUUCCUCUUCCUCUUCCACCAAUUCUUGGAGAAAUGAUGUCUUUAUCAGUUAUAGAGCUGCAGAUACACGCUACAAUUUUACAGACCACUUGUACAGCAAUUUGCAACAGAAGGGAAUUAAAACCUUCAUGGAUACUGACUAUAAGAGAGAGGAAGAAAUGUCACCAGCACUUUGGAACGAAAUUGAAGGGUCGAAGAUUUCUAUCAUCGUAUUCUCCGAAAACUUUGGAUCCUCGUCCUGGUGCUUGGAUGAACUCGUCAAGAUCCUUGAUUGUAAAAGUUCAAAACAACAGAUGGUUAUGCCAAUUUUUUACAAAGUGGACCCCUCGCAUGUGAGAAAGCAAUUGGGCACUUUUGGUGAAGCAUUUGUCGACCAUGAACGCAUAUUCAUUAAUGACAUGGAGAAGGUGAUGAGAUGGAGGGCAGCUCUUACGGAAGCAGCAAAUUUAUCCGGGUGGGCUUUGAAGGAUGGGUAUAUUUCGAACCACCUAAUUACUAUAGCUAUAUUUGAGGCCGGACAUUUCCUGUUGAGAGAGGCGAUAAUAUCAAAGGUGGAACAAGCCUAG